AUCAUGUAUCCAAAUGUCAUUUGCGCUAGCGUGAAAAGGCUGUGAGCCUAUAAAUUUAAUUACACAAUAUUUAAGAAAGAUGGACAACUUUAAUUUCGGUGGUUCCCAGUUAUCACGAAAUGAAAUCAUUCAGCUAUUUUUGCGAGUGUCCAUUGCAUCUGUCAUCACAUUUUAUUCAGUGAAAUGGAUGAUGAACCAACUGGACCCGACUAGUAAGAACAAAAAGAAGGCUAAAUUGCGAGCUGAAGAGCAAUUGAAACGGCUUGGUGAUCAAAGUGGCUUCAAAGUAAAUCCCCAACAAUUUAAUGACUAUGAGCUUAUGAUUGCCACACAUUUAGUUGUGCCUGCUGAUAUAACAGUGAGUUGGAGUGACAUUGCUGGUCUCGACGACGUUAUACAGGAAUUGAGGGAGUCAGUUGUGUUACCAGUCAGACAUCGAGAUCUAUUUAAUCAAUCUAAGCUUUGGCAAGCCCCAAAAGGUGUAUUGUUACAUGGACCACCCGGUUGUGGUAAGACUCUGAUCGCAAAGGCCACUGCCAAGGAAGCUGGAAUGCGUUUUAUAAAUCUUGACGUCGCAAUCCUGACUGAUAAAUGGUACGGGGAAUCCCAAAAAUUGGCUUCUGCAGUUUUCUCGCUGGCCUUAAAAAUUCAGCCUUGCAUAAUUUUCAUAGAUGAAAUCGAUUCAUUCUUGCGUAGUCGGAACUCAAACGACCACGAGGCUACUGCAAUGAUGAAAACUCAAUUUAUGAUGCUUUGGGACGGGCUUAGUACUAAUUCAAACUCAACUGUAAUUGUAAUGGGGGCUACUAAUCGCCCGCAAGAUUUAGAUAAGGCUAUUAUUCGCCGAAUGCCCGCACAAUUUCAUAUUGGACUUCCAACCGAACUGCAGCGACUACAGAUAUUGAAACUUAUUUUGGAAACUGAAUGUGUACACAACGAUGUGGAUUUUAAUCGAUUAGCAAAACUUACCAAUGGAUUUUCUGGAUCGGACUUAAGAGAAAUGUGUCGGAAUGCUUCAGUUUACCGAAUGCGUUUAUUUAUGCGUACAAAUGAAAAUCAAUUAAGUGAACAAGCGGCACAACCAUCUACAUCGGCUUACGCUGCAAUUGAGUUAAGAAACCCUCUGAUCGCGAUAUCUAUGGAAGAUCUACUUAAAUCGUAUGAUAAAAUGAAGGAGUCAAAGUUGCACACCGGUAAUUUAUUUAUGGAAAAUCGAAUAGAAUUAGAUUAGAUAUUAACUAAAUGUAUAUGGAAAUGUUUUGAAAGUUACAUACAUGUAUUACAUUUAUAAAACAUUCACAAGAAUGAUAAAGGUUCCAAAUUGUUCUAAAUAA